UGAGAAAGAGAGAGCUAAAGUCAGAGAAGCCACCCUGUGUUUGUGGGUAAAGUAAACAUUUGACUCUUGGUGGCUUCGUGGACAUGUCCAGUAUGUUUUCUCAGCGGCAGCAUGGAAGUGGUUGACCACUGCCUUCUUCCAAGAUGAUUUUUUCAAUUCUCAGUCUAAACCUACAAUCCUGGGAUUUUCUAAUAAUCUGCCAUCCAAGUACUAACCAGGUCUGACCUUGCUUUGCAUUCUGAGAUCAUCCAAGGUCACCUAGGUGUUGCUGGUCUUGGUACUAAAUUAUACAAACAAGCAAUGUUAGUUUAAAGAAAAGGAAACAUGAUUAGCCACUGUCUGGAGUAAACAUUUUUUUUUUUUACUAUUUCUCCUCUGAUGGGCUUCAUGCUAACCCACAAAGACCUCCCUAGCUCUUUGCUAUUCCCUAAUCACCUGUUCUGAAGGCUUCUCUCUCUCUCUCUCUCUCUCCCUCUCCCUCUCCCUCUCUCUCUCUCUCUACCCCUGCAAAACUGCCAAGGCUUACAUUUACUUGGGAACCAUCUCCUUCACUCUUGAGAAUAUUCCCUUUAAUGCAAUUUGUGUAAAAUCUACUCAGUAUUGAUCAAAUUCAUUCUGUACAUGAAGGAAUCCUCUUUUGUGCUACCUCCUUUCUGGGGUUCAGAUCCAAACUGGCAACAUAGUCCUGAGAAAAUCCAAGCCAAAGUACAUCCUUGACACUCUGCAGAGAAUAGCCAUUCUAGCUUCUAGCAUUUUAAAACGGGUCUUCUUGAUGGCAAAUGAGGUUCUUCCUAUAUCAUAUGAUGGGCCAGUGAAUCAACCAGCCAGCUCCUGCCUUACUGGGAUGCUAUAAAAUUGGCUAAAUUUUAAUAGUUUGCUUGUCCCUUUUUUCGCCUUAGAAAAUUGUGGGAGCCAAUUUAGCUUAAUGUUAUAUGCAUACCAGGCAUUGAUUUGAAAAUCCUGGCAAGGUAUCAUGAGCGGAUUCAGAACUUAUUUACCAAUAUGCUGGACUCUAAAGCAAGUACAGGCUCUCUCCAGCAUCCUGCCUUUAGCUGCCAGUUACUGGUGCCCCAAGGACCAGGGACAUCAGAAGAAUCAGGACCCCAGUAGCGAUCUUUUCUCCAACUCAAGGGUACUUGGUCAUAUGGAGCCACCUUGGCCCACUGCCCAGAGCAGUAAGGAAUUAGUUAUCAUAUCAAAUGCCUUGUCAGAAGCUAGGCUUGAGCAAUGCAAGAAUCUCAAAAGUAUCACAGAAACAACUAGGUCCACUUACCUCCUAGGAUGGAGACCUAUAUAUCUGCACCAGGAGAUAAUGUUGCAUGUUCUCCAGCAGCAACUAUACUGGUGCUUUCAGCAGCAUUUCAACGUAUAGACAUUAGGAGAUGCUGACCUGGUUCACAUAUGUUAAUAAGUUGUAAUUGUUUCAUUAGUAUUUUUAGUAUGCUUUGUGAGCUACAGUGAUGUGUAAAUCAUAGUCUGAAUGUAUUUUACAAAUCAAGCCAAUUCUGGCUUAUUUAAUAAACUAUGACUAAAUAAGCUCUAAUUUAGAGUAAGGAAAAAUAAUUUUUGCGACCUGUCCCUUUUUUAGUUAUUUUUUUCAAUCUCCAAAUCAGGAUAACACUGGUGGCAGUUGAAUUUUUGCCCUUCUUUUCUCUGCUUUCCACCAUUUUUUUUCCAGUUAAAAAAGGUAUGUUAGGUUUUCCACUGGCUUAACCUACUUUACUGCUUAUUUCAGGAGUGAAAAAACAAACAUUUAUAGUGUUAUUCAACAGUGCAAUUUUGGAUCGUUCCAAGGGUCACCAAAAGCACUUGAAUUCACGUAUCAACCCUUUCACUUGUCACAAUAUCUCAAGUAUCCUUGUACAUCAGAAGUACAAAGUAUUCUGAGUCUCAAUACUAUAAUGAGAUUACAAAGCUGAGUCUUGGUACUAAAAAAAAAAAAAUUCUGCCUCUUUUUAUGACCUAACCCACAGAGACUGUAGGUCGCAAAUCAGUAAGACUGAGGAGUGUUCUCAUUUCAACUUCCAUGUAUGUGUAGACAGGCUUUCAUUGUAAAACUAUCUCAGCUUCUCAACAUACAACUGAUCAUGUGCAACCACCACCAGGCAUUAAUAGCAACUUUCAGCAUGCCAACAAGGGACUUGACCAAAGUCUAAUAAUGGCCCAAUCUUAUAUUUAUUGCCCAAAAGACUGAUUUCCCCAUCCCACAACAACUUAGCUGUUUAUAUUAUUAAAAAUAACAAGUCAAACCCUAACCUGGCAAACAGUCUGGCUCCCAUCUUCUACAGUAUCUCUGAACUAGGAAAACAUUUAUUUCCAAUUUAUUUUUUAAACAUGCAGAAGCUGUGCUAGAAAAGGAUGAGAGGGGAGACAAGACAAUCUGGAUUUUGCCGGAAAUCCUUUUCUUUCUAAAGUGCAAGAACGCUUGGCCUGGUUCAUGAGUUGCAAUAAGCCUGGGUUUGCUUAAUUAUUAUUCAUAACUAAGCCACCGUUAGCUGGGUUUACACAGUGUUAUGUCAUAAACCUUAAUUUUGCAACCACAAUGGCUGUGUUCACACAAGACAUUAAACCAAAUGAAAUUAAUUUCAUUAUAGCUCAGGAUAUUACACAAGCCGAGUCUCUUUUUCUCUUGAGUUUUACCUACUUACCUACCUACCUACCCCCACUACCAAGUUUCCUCCACUGCUCAAGGACUGCCCUGGAGAAUAAUCAUUCAUUCUAGUCUUUGUUCCUCUACCUUAGAAACCCCUAACUUGGUGGACGCGGGCUGUGGGCCCUCCUCAACUGCAACUUUUAAAUGACAGCUUUCUCUGUAGCUUGGGGUGGCCAUCUUGCGAGCAAGCCAUGUCGUUCGGGGCAGCGAGCAAAACGCCCGCAGGUAGUGCAAGGGGAGCGACCGGAGCGGUGCCGGGACCGAGUGCGAAGGAUGGCUUCAUCGCUGGAAAAUAACCAGCAACUUGGAGCAUGUAAAGUAACCAAGGAAACUGAAUUCCAGUAUGUGGUAUAUUAUGCAGAGCAUCCAGAGUAAAUAUUCUUUGUCGGAGCGCUUGAUCCGGACUAUAGCAGCCAUCCGAUCCUUCCCGCAUGACAAUGUUGAAGACCUAAUAAGGAGGGGAGCAGAUGUCAACUGUAUGCAUGGUACCCUGAAACCAUUGCACUGUGCUUGCAUGGUUGCUGAUGCAGAUUGCAUUGAGCUGCUGUUGGAGAAAGGAGCUCAGGUUAAUGCCCUUGAUGGCUAUAAUCGAACAGCCCUUCAUUAUGCAGCUGAGAAGGAUGAGACCUGUGUGGAGAUCCUUUUGGAAUAUGGGGCAAACCCCAAUGCACUGGAUGGCAAUAAGGACACCCCGCUGCACUGGGCUGCCUUUAAAAACAAUGCUGAAUGUGUCCGAACGCUUUUGGAAAGUGGUGCCUUUGUCAAUGCUCUGGAUUACAACGACGACACCCCUCUGAGCUGGGCAGCAAUGAAGGGCAACCUGGAGAGCGUCAGCAUCCUCCUGGAGUAUGGGGCUGAGGUCCGGAUAGUCAAUAUGAAGGGGCAGACCCCAAUUUCAAGGUUGGUUGCCCUGCUGGUCAGAGGACUUGGCACUGAGAGGGAAGAUUCCUGCUUUGAUCUCCUUCACAGAGCCGUUGGACACUUUGAAUUGCGGAAGGAUGGUGCUAUGCCACGUGAGGUCAUGCGAGAUCAGCAGCUUUGUGAAAAGCUUACCACAUUAUGCUCUGUCCCAGGCACAUUAAAGACGCUGUCGCGCUAUGCUGUGCGCCACAGCUUGGGUAUGCAGUUCCUACCAGAGGCGGUGAAGGAACUACCUCUGCCAGAAUCUCUGAAAGAAUAUGUCUUGCUUAAAUGAUGGCUUCCCCUUUUUUUUGUAGGAUUGUGUUAACUGGGCAUAUUGGUGGGCCACCGUGGCGUUUCUCUCCUGGCAUUUCAUCCUUACAGUAGCAGCAGCAGCAGCACAGAAUAGGGUUCACAGAUGGGCCAAUCUAUAGCCGCAGGAGUCGGCUGGCGACGUCUGUGGUUUUGUCCAGUCCUUUCCCUUAGCUUCUCUAUUUGCUGUAGUAACCUUCUGACCUUUUUUCAGUGGAGGCUAGGAAAUUACUUCUCUGGCCUUUUAUGGCUAGGAGGCCAAGUGAAGCAGGCCUGUGUUCCAGCUCCUGAAGAAGACCUCUUCCUAAAUCCAGGAUUUGACUUCUGUUCUCUGUGAAACAAUCACAGAGCCAGUUGUCUCCUGGUACUGCAAAACAAGCUGGGGUGGAUGAAGAAUGGCAACGUUUGCUUUAUUUAAACUCAUUACAUGCAUCAAAGCAUUUGAGUAAUCCAGUCUUCCUCUUCAUUUUGCUCUCUUAAGUCAGCCUGUCCAUACAUUUCAUUUUUUGUCUAUUGGUAAAUGAUUACCUUUCAGGAAUGUAACGGCUUAAUGAAUUUGAAUAAAGAAAUCUGGUGAGCUGAUCAGCUCCUGUAGAGAGAUUAAGGGCUGUUCUCUUUUACAUUAGCUCCUUUGAAUCUCUCACAUCCAGCUGCAGAGGUGCUCAGCAAGUGGAAAGGGAAGAGUUCUCUUAGAAGACCAAGAACAGAGAAUUGCAGCAAUUUGGGAACUGAAGCCAAAAAGGUUCUUCAGAGUGGGUGUGGGCAUGCAGUUGGCCUUUUUGCGUCUCCUUAAAAUAGCCACGUGAUUCCAGAAAAUACCUUUUUGCAUUAAGGAGAUGCCUGUCAGGUGCUUUGGUUUAAGUGCACAGUUGGUGCCUCCUUCACUCAGAUGCGUAAUUCUUACAGUUGUUUGGAUCACUUGGCUGCUGUGAGCCCAGGAAAAGACACUGCUUCUUUAAGGAGGCACUACCAGGAGUGAUGUGCAUGCCCACCCCUGCUCCAGGGCAUCAUUUUGGUUUAGGAUCUCGAGUGCUGCACUUUGUUAAUCUGGGUCAUCUUUUGCUGUUGCUCUGGACCAGCUCUGUGUAUCACAGAACAAAGUGACAGAAAUCUGAGGAGGAGACGAUGGAGUGUGUUGCCUCAGCCUGGGUGAGGCAUCUGUGGCAGAUGAGGUGGGGCUGGGGAGGAAGGAACAAGUUCCCUAACUCAGUCUUUCUUUGCAGUGCUAGUUUGUAUGUAGAACCAUAGAAAGUAACAUUCAGGAGCAGGCUGUCAGAAACCUGUAGCCUGACUGGCUCGCCAUACUCUCACCCCAUCAAGACCAUUUGUAGAGAUUGUUGUUCCCUGAGUGACUGAAAGAAGCAAGUCAGCAGUGCUUGUUCUGAAGGCAUACUAAUGACAAUGGCGGCUUUAUAUCUUGCAUCAUGAUAAGGAAAUUUUUCCUGCCCACAGUGUAUGCGUUUACAUAUUUUAUUCACAGCUUUAAAACUUUCCAGAAUAAUAUUUCGCUUACUUUGCAGCUCCAGACAAUGCUGCUAGGCUCAUAUUGAGCCUAGCAACAAUGGAACUAUCUAGUAUAGUCAAUUUCUGGCUUGCCUGUAGAUUCUUUAUGAUUGUACAGUUCUAGUUUGCACAAGUGAAGAAAUGGCAAAUAAGUAUUCAUUUUUGAAGAAAUUAAGGCUUCCAACUGUUUGAAGGUGUCCCCCUAUCUGGCACAAAUCCCACAGUAUUUUAAAAUACAUUUCUUUUCUUGCCAUACAAUUAUGAUUGUAAUUCUCUAUUUUGUGGCAGGCUUCUGUUGCUUCCAUGCCUUGAUCUGUCUUAAUCAAAGUGGAAAAUUGGGGAUGGCAAGGCUAAUUUAUUAAGUCCUGUAUCUGUAAUUUCUUAAAAUGUUGAUCACUGUAAAGUUGUAGAUGUGUAAAAUUGUAGACGUGUUUCUUUCAAAAAUAAUUCUCUUUGCCCAGACAAAUGAAGCAGCAUCCUUAUGAAUGCAGGGGCUUUAAGUGCCAAGAGCCCCACUGAGCAAGUCAUUGGCCAGAGUUUGCGGGCAUCAUAGUUACAACCACUGUUUUACCUGCUAUUUGGCUUGGAAAUGGAAUUUCCAAUUACAAUUACAAUUUCAGAAGUGGAAUUGUAAUUUCUGAAAAUAAGCCUGUUUCUUGGAUAUUCCCUCAAGAUUGUAGUACUGGCUGUCACAUUGAUUCCUGGAGUGUCUCCUCCCCUGCUUAGGAUAAUAUCCUUGCUUCUAUUUAGAAGAAGGGGAGAUGAGAAUUAGAAACCCAAACACCUGUCUUGAAAAUUAGGCAAUGUGAGAAUAACUGUAUCAACUGGUGAAAUAAUCAGUGUUGUAUGUUAUGACUCUGGACUUUGGAAUCUACUUAAUGUGAACAGAGCCAUCAUUCUGUUCAGAUGUAUUUCCUUUCUUACUGCUCAGGCAAACUGACAAUAGAAUGGCACAGUCUACACCUUUCAUGCAGGAUAGGGAUAUGAAAAAGCAGUCUGUACAUAAAACAUCUGCAUUUGGAUAAUCGGUCACCACAGCUGAAGCAUGCAUUUUUAGUGUUUAGGUCCAUAUACAGAACAAAAUGGGUCUGUUCUGUUCAAUAUAGGAGUUGGCUCACAGCCAUUUGGAGGAGGAGGGGAGAGAGAAAGCAAAGUGUAGCUACCUUGCCGCCUUUGCCCCAGGAAAUCACUCUAGGAUUCAGAUUUUGUUUUAGCCAAAACCCAACAACCACAACUUUGCAGAUUUUAUUUCUGCUGAACUGCAGCUGAACCAAGAUGAUUGGGAAAAUUUUCAAAAUACAUUUUUUUCCUGUUUCAUGCAUACCCCGCCCCAAGGAAUAAUUAAGUAUGAUACGGUCCUCUUUCCCUCUGCUAUCUCUUCUGUUCUGUAGAGCUGGAUUUGCUUACAAAAAAAAAUCAUGCUGUAAGCUCAAAGUACUCUUUUUGAAGUGCUUGGUUGUGGAGGAAAGUUUGUUUAGUGAGGAGAUGACUUGGAUAUUAAAAGCUUGUUGAUUAAAUUUA